AUGAAAACCCUUUCGGCGCACGUCACUGGCUUCUAUCGCUCAUCCUUUCAUGCAUACACGACGGAAGUGAUGGUGGACGGUCAUCGCUGGCGUCUUGGACUUCGCUACAGCAAGUUUCACGAGUUUUAUAGUCAGCUCGAGGCCAUAGCGUCUGAUUUUGAUGUCGAGUUCCCGCCUAAGGGCACACUCUUCUUCACUCCAAAGCCUGAGGAGCGUCAAGAACAACUUGAAGUGUUUUUGCAGAAAGUUCUUGCGUACUACGCUGCUAAAGAUUAUCCCACCGAAAUUGAGACUUUGCUUUGUGACCUUCUUAAAGUACCACGCCACCUUAAAUCUCCCGAGCGUGACGACGAUGAUAUUUCCACGAGCACCGAGAGUGGUCUCGACGAGCCGAUCAACGAUACUUCGUCUAACUCUGACAACACUGGUCGUGUUCAGAAAGAUGUCGAUGAGGAAAAGCUGGUGAUUACAGAACAAGUUGAUGAUGUGAUGACGCUCAAAUUUCCAAAUAAGGACGAAAAGUUGUCUGUUGCUGCUCCAGAUUUGGUGCAGCCAGCUAAUCUAGUCAUUCAGGAACCAUCGGAGAAGACAAUUGCUGAUGACGGAAAGGAGAUUGAGGUAAGAAUGUCUUCUGUAUCGGAGAAAGCUGUGACAGUAGAGGAGACAAUCAUCGGCUUCCAAGCAGAGGUAGCGGUGGAGGUUCCUGCUGUCAAAGAGGUAGCUAAAAAACCUGAAGAGACAAUUGCCGAUAACGACGCAAUCCCGGAAGACGAGGCGCCUGCCGUGACAGUGGAAGGUGUAUUAAAUGACGCUGCAAUUGCCGACUUCAAAGCAGUGAUAGAAGCAGAGGUGCCUGCAUUAUCGGAGACAGAUGUGACAGUCGAGGAGACAAUUACUGACUACGAAGCGGAGACAGAAGUGGUCGUUUGUGUUGGAAAAGUCGAAGAGACAAUUUCCGUUUACGAAGCAGAGACAGAUACGGAGGAGCCUGCUACCGCAGAGGAAAUCGGAAUAUCAGAGGGUGCAAUUGCCGAUCUGGAAGCAGAGACAGAAACUGAGGUGUUUACUGCCACCGUGGAAACUGUAAUCUCAGACAGUGCAAUUGAUGAUUUCGAAGCAGAGACAGAAGCGGAGGUACCUACUUCCUUAGAGGAAAUCGGAAUAUCAGAGAGUGCAAUUACCGAAAUCGAAGCAGAAAUUGAAGCGGAUAUGCCUGCUGCCUUAGACGAAGCUGAUAUCUUAAAGAAGACGGCGGAGGACGAGAGAGACGAAAGGGUAGUUGCCGUUGAUGAGACAAAGCAAGCCAACACGGAAUGUGUUGCCGUACGAUCUUGUCCAAAGGAGCUUGCGAAUGAGAUCGUUGUCGAGAAAUUCGUUACGGUUGGUGAUGCUCUUGACGAGCAAGUAAAGGCCACUGGACACAAUGAAUCAGAGCAACAACUUCCUAAUGAGUUCGCUGCGAUGAUUUUACAAGCGCCGCAGGAUGUCGGGAAGCCAACAGCCAGCGACAUCACUACAAUUCAUGAUAAAGUGGAGCACAAGAAGCUUGCCACGUCUUUCCGGAUCGCCGCGUAUCUUCCGAAGCCUAUUACCGAAUUCAUUCGAAGCCGCUGCAUGAAGGCGACAAAUCUGGCGAUAUUGUGUAUCGCAUUGUUGCUGCCUGUCGUGCUCACCCGCAGAUAA